UAAUUGUUAUUUUAAAUAUAUUUUCUGGCAAAAAAGAUAGAAUAUAACAUGCAUUUAUAAGAAAAUAGAAAUAUUAUAAUUUUUAAUAUUUGCUUUACUUUUAUGUAAUUUCUAUAUUAUAAGAAAAUCAAUUUUCAAACUUUUGAGAUGUUAGUCAUUAAUAUAUAACGUAAAUACGUGUAACUGUAACAUAUCUGAAUAAAAACCAUAGGGUUGUAGUGGUACAUAUUUAUUUUAGUGCAAUGCCAUUUUUAAAAAGAAAAAGUUGAUUAGAGAAACAAAAUAACUUCUAAAAUGGAUUGAUAGUAGUAUAAUACGUAAGCACGAAUAUAUACAACUAUUCCAGUGAGUGUAAAUCCCGAGAUAUAAAAACUAUUUUCAUACACAUUUCACACAAAAACAUUAGUCUGGAGGACAAAAAAGAGUAUGGUUUAAGGGUUAAAGUGAUUAGAGAAACAACUAUAUAUAUAUUUCAAAAUUAUGGAUUUGCGCUAAGAAAAUACGAUAAUUAAAUAUAUUGGUACAGUUUUUUUACACGAGUAUAAUCAACAUAGUUGAAGAACCAACCAUAACUUCUGAGACCUGAAUUCAAAGUAGUUUUGGUAUUAUUAAUUUUACACACUGGAGAUUUUUUUUUAUGGGUCAAAACACACUGGAGAUUCUAUACCAUAAUUGUUAAGGUUGUGUUCUCAAUAAAUAGCGUCUUCACUUCUCCUAAUCCAGCACAAAAAGAUAAACAUCACUUCUCAAUCCAAAAAAAUCAAAGAAAAAAAAAUCUUGUUAUGGAGAACGAAGUUAUGUCUUCUGCAAGCUCUUCCUCACCCCAACCCGAAACCAGCAAAGACACUAUCGUGGCCGUGGAGGAGUCCAACGAGAAGGCAACGGAGAACAACAACAAUCUGAGCCUCGUGCCUUCUGACCAGGAGGUUAUGUCUGAAAGGAGGAGUGAGAACCCUAGUCUCGGGUCUGAAAGGGGGAGUGAGAACCCUAGUCUCGGGUCUGGUGCUGUCCGAACAGGUACAGAGAUGACGAUGCUUUACCCAUCAAGAUCUAAUAAGAUCUACACUUGUCAGUUUUGCAGUAAAGGGUUCUCAACCACCCAGGCCCUAGGUGGCCACCAGAACGCGCACAAGCAUGAUCGUGAGUGGGAAAAGAAGAGGAAGGAGAUGGAAGAAGACUUCCCCGGACUCUCCUUUUUGAACCGUUACAUUGACAAGCCUCACUUGCUCCUAGGUGGGUAUUCAGAAGAUGCUUUAUCAAAUGAUAAUCAUCUUGGGAUCACUCUUGAAUCUUUCAAACGUAGAGGAAGCGGCGGCGUUUACCCAUCAUUCAAUAGCGGAGUCGGGCCCAUGGACAUGAACGUUGCUCCUCGCAUGGCUCCUACUCGCUUCUUCACAGGGAACACUUUUACCGAUGGUUCCUCUUCAAGGGGACUUGGGCCCAGACCCACCUAUGCCCCGAUGUUCCCUAGAAACGUUCCUCCUUUUCUUCGUCCUCGAUCCACCAAUCUUCCUAGAAAUUUGUAUCCGCAAGGGAAUCGUGUGGGCGAGAAGGACAACGUUGUGGUGAUUGAUGAUGAUGAUGAUGAGCCAGAUGAAGAUAACCCUAAAAGCUGGGGCAAGGAUUUAUCCCUUUGAGUAUUGUUUAGUUUUCAUUUUUGAGGUUUCAUUGCUAUUAGAGACCUCUCUUUCCAUCACAUCUCUCUCUCUCUCUCUCUGAAGGUUGUUUUUCUCUUUAAUUUUUAUUGUAUCUCGUUAUGAAUGUUCCUUUUGUCUGUAGUAUCUCUUCUUAUAUUCACAUGUAAUUGUGUUUUGGUUGAUUUACUUUAUAAAUCUGAACUAUUCAUCCCUUUCUUUUCUACAUCUCAUAAUUUUAAGGACACUGAUCACAAAAAGUAGAUAUCCAAAUAUAUAUUUUCUUAUUUAAGUUAGUGAGAGUUAUUAGUAAUAGUGUUGAAUUUUUGAGAACUUGUGAAGAAAUCUGCGUUUCAGGAUGGAUGUAUACAUAUUAGUACAUGGCACGAACCAUAGUGGUAUAGACCAAUAUCUUUGCUAUGAAAAUAAAAUGAAAUGCAUCAAAUUAAUUAUCUUAUUCCAAUUUUCUUGUACAUGCAAAUAAUUAAAUAUUUGUAUAAAAUUGGGGAAGAAUAACACCAUCUUAUCAUAACACUGAAAGAUGCUACUUUGACUAAUUAGCGUAAAUAAUUUGUUAUUAUAUUUUGAGAUAUGAAUUCAAAGUAAAUUCUGAUUUUGAUUAAAUUCACACCUUGGAGAUUUUCUACCAUAAUUUGACGUUAUCUACUCAAUAAAUAACGUCCUCACUUCUGAGAAUCUAAGCACAAACAGAUAGAGUUCACUUCACAAUCCGAAAAAAAUAAACUAAAGAAAAAAAGAAUUUGUAAUGGAGAACCAUGUUGUGUCUUCUGCAAGCUCUUCCGCACCCCAACCCGAAAUUUGUGAAAGCAUUAUCGUGGCUGUUGAGGAGUCCAAGGAGAAGGCAGCGGAGAACAACAAUCUGGGGCAAGAGAAUCCACUGAGCGAAGAGGACAACGUUGUGGAGAUUGAUGAUGAUGAUGAUGAAGAUGAUGAUGAUGAUGGUGAUGAUGAGGCAGAAGAAGCUGGCGGUACCCUUCUCUCUGAAGGUUGUUUGACUCUUUUUCAUUUUAUUGUAUAUCGUUUUAAACGUUCCUGUGUCUGCAUCUUCUCUCGUUACAUCUAAUUGUGUUUUCGUUGAUUUGCUUCUUGUUUUUGUUCUUCUUUUCUCUUGUUUCCAUCUAUCAUGGAGUCUUCUAUCAUUUCGGCAAUUGCC